UUUGAUGCAGCCACGCGUCCUGAUACUCCCGCUGUUGCUCGCGUCGUCCCAACGACGCUCAACCAACAGUCGGGGCCGACGGAGUCCUUCAUUCAUCAGGGUACCGAUCUCACCACGGAACUCGUCGAUGCCACUCUUGGAGACAACGAUAGGUUGGCCACGAUGUUCGACAUGGAACCUGUCCUUCACAAGUACAUGGACGCGGACGCGGCCGUUGCCGAACGUAUCAAGAAUGCACCAGAGUUGUACGUUCUGAGAGGUCUUCUCGAAAGAGUUGGGUGUCUCCUCUACGAUAAAGGCAUAUUCCCGGAAACCGUGAAGUCACAGGGGAAACGGAAGGGUUUCAGACUGUAUACUCGUAACGGGGACUUUGCCAACUUCGUCCGCGUCGUCUACAUCAAACUCGUGGAAUUCAUCAACCCGAAAGAUAUGAAGAUCGAGGAGGAGGGGGAGAACUACAAGACUGCCAUCCGUACUAUGAACAGCAAAAUCUUUGCUGAUCUCCGUCCGUGCAUUAACACGUACAUCGAUCAGGGGUACAUUCGACGCGGAAUCAUCGACGAUGGCGUCGUCUUCUACUAGAUUCUUUCUUCGCGAAGUAGAAGCUGUGACGAUUUCCGCGAGGUGGUAAUGUGGAGGGUUUCGGGGAGAAGAGGGGGCGAGCACGACGAAGGUGACGACGAGAGGUGAGAGAGUAACGACGCGGCGAAUGACGGACGAUGUGAACGAUUUGAAUAAACUUAACGACACGAGCGGACGACUUAAACGGACGAUGACGCGAGCGCUCAACUUUCCAACGCUGCCGUCGCGGCGGCGUCGCGGCAGUCGCCCGCCGGCCGUUCCACAGCCACGCGCUCGCGAACGCCCACAUCUCCAAACCGCACGGCAACGCGACGCAACACACCCCAUCCCUCCCACGCGCGCGAUGAGCGAUGAUCUCGUGCGGCGGCGGGGGACGUCAGGGAGGACGCGAACGGUGAGCUCACCGCGCGCCUGCGGCUCAACGUUGACGCCGCCGCCGGCGUCAGCGGUGACGCGGACGCGGCGGCGUCUGCCUGCGUCUCCUUCCGCGGUCGCGCGAACACAACCGCUCCCAAUCGCGCGGCGGGGGCGAUCGAGGCGUACCCGCGAGCGACACGACCGCGGGGGACGCGGCUCUCGCCGCAGCUGCUCUGCGCGUCUGCGUCUGCGAACCGUGAACGUCCCGCCCGUGUCGCCAUGCUCCGAGCGGCGCCUGCGCGGUAGCGGCGGGUUCUCCGCCGGCGUCGUGGAUCCUUAUCGCGCCAUCGCGGAGGUACCAUCCGCGAGCACGCACUGGCGCGGUUGUCAUCGCAGCGAUCGAGAUGGUACGAACGGUGUGCGUCGUCGUAGCAUCGCGGGCGACCGAGGGGAACGUCGCGUCGCUGGGCAUUCCGUGAUUACUUACGAGUGCCUCUCGACGACGCCGACGCCAUCGGGCAGCGCGAUCAUAUCGCGUCCCCUCCCAGCCGUCUUGGACGACGAGGACGCGGGAAACGUCGCCGUCGCGCGAAUGGAAGCCUCUCACGGUCUCGAGAGCGCGUUUCGUCGACUCUCAGCUCACGGCGCCGAUCUGCGCGCGAAAGCUACGUUGCUGCGUGCACGGCGUCGCCGUCGCGACCUCAGCACGGCGCGACAUGUCCCCUCUCAGCGCAGUGGCGGGCGGCCGCCUCCGCCGCCGCCGCCGCCGCCGAUCGCGAGCAGCUGCGAAGCACCUCGUCAGCUUAGAACUCACGACGUACCUACAACACGUCCGCGCGGAGAUGCGCGCGGGGCGCGCAUCCACGCGAGAAUGACGUCCGCGAGUGGCGGCGGUGGCCGAAGAACUUUCACGUGUCGUGUUCGUGAACGAGUGACGACAUCGCAGAGCUCGUGCACGCGAAGCGCGCGCGAACGUCGUUGUGCUUGGUGGAGAGCCGGCAGGCGGCCUACGAGUACGGCACCUGCCCCUGCCUGA